AUGUCCACUAUCAGUCUACGGAAGUCCCAGGUGCUGAGUCUGUUUUCUUGGCCUACGGUAGAUGAGGUGCAGGCAUGCUGGGAGCUGUGUCGACUGCACAACAACAUUGGCUUCUGGACUAUCUGGUUACCAACAGCGUGGUCAAUUGCAAUGGCAUACAAUGCACAACCAGAUCUUUCAGGCUACAAAGCCAUUUGCUGUGGUGCAUCCUACAUUCCCUUAUGCUUUGGUAUGAAAUCAAUGAUCAUGACAAUUGAUGACCUAUUGGAUCAUGACAUUGACAAACUGGUUUCCAGGACGAAGAAUCGACCAUUACCUCGGGGAGCGAUUACACAACAAAGAGCAUGGUUAUUCUUCUCAGUUCAGUUGUUUGUUGUCUUGCUUAUGUUCAUCUCAAUGAAAAGUCGUGAACUGCACUUAGUUCUGAUUGUUUGUCCACUUUAUUUCAUCUACCCAACAUGCAAGCGGUGGAUGAGCUUUGCCCCAAUUCCAUUGGGUAUGAUGUUCAAUAUUGGCACCUUGAUAGGAUGGAAUAGUGUAAGCAUAGGUGAUGGUGUACCUUGGAAUAAACUUCUUCCAGUAUAUGGAGGAUCUAUUCUCUGGACAAUUGCUUAUGAAACCAUUUAUCAGCACCAAGACAAGAUUGAUGAUGCACGAAUUGGUAUUCAUUCGCCAGCUCUACUUCUAGGUAGCCUUACACUGCCUGUCUGUCUCUGUGCAUCGACACUGUUCAUUGGACUGCUGUGUUAUGGUGGAUAUGGUAAUAACCAGGGGCCAGUGUUUUUUUGUGGGAUCUUUAUUGCAGGGAUGGUUCUUUUGCCAAAGAUUGCACAGACAGACAUUGAUAAUCCCGAGGAAUGUAAAGGUAUGUUCUUGCAAACUCCAAUAGUUGGUCAAAUUAUCUUGGCUGCUUUUAUUCUUGAUGCAGUUGGGAGACGUAUUACUACAAACACCCCAUUGUAG